AUGCCUCCGAGACUCCCCCACGAGCUCUGUGAUCUCAUAGUCGACUUCCUUCAUGCAGAUACCGCCGCUCUCGGCCGUUGCGCUUUGGUCUGUCGAGGGUGGAUCGCUACGAGUCGAUAUCAUCUAUUUGCUCACAUUGACAUGUCCCCCUCAACCGGGAGAAGGAGCAUAUCACGAGCAGUGACGUUACUCAACGACCUGCUUGCAUCCAGUCAUUCGACACUUCCCCUAUCUAUCCGCAACCUCGAGUUCUACAACAACCCGGAUUCAGACAGUGACCACUUCUCACUCUCUCCCCUCUGUGUUGUACUCCCAAAAAUUGUUCAACUGCGCCAUCUGAAGGAGUUAUCUUUGUCCGAGCUCCCAUUUCAGGUCUUAUCCGCCUUACCCCGGCUCGAAACGCUCAGAUUGUAUGGUAUUACGGCGGGACGGGGACUGCUGCGUCUGGGGAAAUGUGCACCAUCCUUGCGUUUCCUCGCUUUCGACUCCGUUUACGCCGUUCCACACGUAAACUUUACCAUGGAAACCUGCAUUCGGCCUACCAUUGCCCUCAGCACCAUCCAUAUCCGACGCUCGUCAAUCGUUUUUCUCCCUUGGCUACUCCUCGUAUCCCCCACUCGCUUGCGUGUUUUGGACAUUGACGAGUUUGCACCGGCUGAGAUUCCCGCUCUCAUUGGCUAUUUAAGCCGUCCUCCGGGCCCUCCAGAGCAUCUUCGGCUUGCACUCCAAGUGGAAUGCCGCAUAACUGAAGAUGAUGUCUGUCUUUGGGAGAGAUUGGCUGACGCUCUGGGAGACGAUACGCGGCUGGAUGUGAUUGUUAUUGCUGGCGAAGAUGCUCCCCUCGAUGAUAAAAGUCAACACCAUUUCUUGUGGUCAUCCUUCCCUCUUCUGGCUCGAUUAAACCUGUUGACGCUUGUUUCACGCCAGCCACCGUCUACUCAAGUUGAUGCGCAAGUUUAA